AUCGAUAAAUCGAAUAUUGCGAUAAUCGAAAAACUGUUACUCGUGGCUAACUUCAAUUUAUUUCUUUCUGAUCCAAAUUCCAAAAUGGAAAAAAUGGAGAAAAGUCAAAAGAAACAAAGGGAACCGAUCCAUUCCGUUCAAGUCUUCGGACGCAAAAAAAGCGCAACUGCAGUAGCUUAUUGCAAAAGAGGACGUGGGAUUUUAAAAGUAAAUGGUCGUCCUCUUGAAUUGGUAGAACCUCGUGUUCUACAGUACAAACUUCAAGAACCAAUUUUACUUCUUGGCAAGGAAAAAUUUGCAGGAGUUGAUAUUAGAGUGAGAGUAAAUGGCGGUGGUCAUGUCGCUCAGAUUUAUGCAAUCAGACAGGCGAUUUCCAAAGCACUCGUUUCCUACUAUCAGAAAUAUGUUGAUGAGGCCAGUAAAAAGGAAGUAAAGGAUAUUUUAAUUCAGUACGAUCGGACUCUUCUCGUCGCCGAUCCAAGGCGUUGCGAGCCAAAGAAAUUUGGUGGUCCAGGUGCAAGAGCACGCUAUCAAAAAUCGUAUCGUUAAUUAUCGAAUUUCCCUCCAAAUUCCUAAAUUCCGUUUCAAUAAAAAAAAAAAAAAAUGAGCGAAACACGAAA